AUGGCAGACCAAAUAAAAAAUCUGCAAGAACGAAUCGAACCCCAUCAUGAGAUACCGAAAUCCCAUGAAUCUCAGGAUAGGAACUGGGGGAUGUCACGUUCCAGCAGAAGAAAUAAGAAAAGACGGGAGAGAUCAAGGACCCAUACAAGUCUCAACAGAAGUGACCCUCGAGAUAACGAAUCUAAGACCGCCUCUCGAGACGUCCGUACUUACCUAGAAAGCAAGAAGCAAAGGGCGUCCGAAAGUGUUCAAUCACUGGUGGACAGAAGAAGAGAAGAAAAGAAGAAAGCGCAGCUCACGGGAUCUAGUCAACCCACCAGCCCCAUCACGAUGCCGCGGAAUGAGGCCGGCAAGGAUAAUCUUUCUGAAGACUCCAUGCCAAUAAAAUCUCCACCGGCUCCGGGAAUACUGGAUACUCCCAACCCGACGAAGAUAAAGAUCCUGAUUAUGACGGCCUUCGAUGGAACGUCCUGCCCAGAGGAACACUUGAUGGCCUACAAGAACUUGAUGCUGCUAUACACCACCAACCCAGCAUUGUGGUUCAAAUUCUUCCCGACUACUCUCACAGGAGUAGCCUUGACGUGGUAUACCUCCCUUCCAGGAGGAAGUAUCCACAAUUUUGCCCAAUUAGAAGGCAAAUUCCUAGGUCACUUUGUAGCAUCCAGAAGGCAGGAGAAAUCGAACUUCCACUUGCUUAGCAUAACACAAUUGAAAGGGGAAUCCAUAUCUUCAUAUUUGAAGAAGUUCCACGAAGCAGUGCUGGAAGUAACUGACUUGGAAGAAUCGGUCGCAUUAAACGCCCUAAUCAAUGCUCACGACCCCAAAAAACGAAAAUCAGAGAAGAAGGAUCCCAUAUCCUCCCAUCAAUCCUCAAGGAACAGAGAGGAACAUACAUCGAGAAGAGAUAGAAACUACAUGCCGCGUCGUCCAGAACCACCCUCAGACAUGGGAUCUCCACGAUCCAGACAUGUAUAUGUCGCUCAAGGGGAGCCCAGGACGCGGAAUUUGCUAGAUGGAGGUAACGACCCGAUGUUCAAUCGCAACAGAAAAGACAUAUUCUUCGUCGUUCGGGACGAGUUGCCAACUCCGCCUCCUACUACCACCCCCUCUAAUCGUCGCAACUACAAUUUGUGGUACGACUACCACAAAGAACAUGGCCACACCUUGGCCCAAUGUCGCGAACUCAAACGUAUCCUGCAUCAGUUGGCCGACGAGGGGAAGCUAUCGAGGUUCAUCAACCGGAAGAAUUAUGACACAAAAGGUGAAGCGGAAAGAAGACAUUGGAACCAAAAACGCAGAUCCCCUAGAAGAGACGAGGCUAGGCGCGAAAGUUCCAACACGCAGGGAACCAUCAACAUGAUUUUCGGCGGUUACACCGAGGAAUACACUACCAUCCGCGCCGUGAGAGAUAGCGUCCAUAUUCUGCUAAAAGGACCUCCAAAAACCACAUCAAGCGGACCGACCAUGAGGUUUGAUGCUACUACCUCUCAACCACUACAACAACCACACACAGACCCUCUAGUAGUCACCCUCAAAGUUGGGCAAAUGAAGGUCAAGAGAGUGUUGGUAGAUACUGGAAGCACGGCUGAUCUUAUAACUAUGGAAUGCCUAAAAAAGAUGAUGUUCGAAGAAAAAAACUUGCAACCCCUCGAUAAACCUCUGAUCAGGUUUGGGGGAAAUCAAGUCAUUCCACUGGAAACGAUCAUACUCCCCGUGCGGGUAGGGGAAAGAAGCGGAAGCAGAACAAUGCCCAUACGAUUCACGGUAGUGGAUCUGAUGUUCCCCUACAACGCCAUCAUCGGACUCCCACUCUUACUACAAUUCGAGCAGGAUGACGGAAAAGUUGGCAUCCUCAAGGGAGAUCAGGUGACUGCACGACAAUGCCUCGUCAACACCCUGAAGCGAGGAACUUUCGCCAUCCUCUCUAAAAGAGAGAGGGAAGAAAACUCUCCAACUGUCAUGAGCGUGUAUCUGGAGAACCCCAACACGCAUGAAAGGCCUUAG